GAUAAACCUUCAUCCUUAGAACCUAAUUUCGCUUUGGCUUUAUUGCUUAAAAGGAGAUCAUGGAGCUUCCCAACUCAAAGAUGGUGAAACAUGAUGGGAAUAAUGGGAGGGAUCGAAUAAGUGAAUUACCUGAUGAUGCUCUUAUGGGCAUCUUGUCGUUUCUCCCACCCGAAGAAGCCGUACUGAAAACCAGUUUUCUUUCUCAUCGAUGGAAACAGCUUUGGGAAUCAUUGCCUGUUUCCGGUUUUAACUUCCAUGUUCCAUUGCCAGUAUGUUGUCGUGGCGGCCAUGUCAAAAAUUUGAAGGAUCUUCGUGAUGGGAAGUAUAUGACGGUUGAGGAUAUGAAAAGAGAAUGCUCUAAGUUUGUAGAAUGGGUCAAUAAUGUUAUGAUUUCACACCAAGGUUCAACCAUUGAUGAGCUGAGAGUUCGUUUUUACUUGGACAAAGAUUCACAGCGUUAUAUUGAUAAAUGGAUUGAGAUUGCCAUGAGAAAGCAGGUGAAAAAGCUGGAAUUGGAUUUCCCAUCAUUACUGCAUCGUCCUUCGAAUGCUUAUUACCCUUUUCCAAAAGAAUGUUUUCCGGGAAUUGAAUUCCUUACUAGUCUUUGUUUGGUGAAUGUGGGUGUAAGUGAUGAGGCUAUGGAGUUUGUUCUUUCAAAUUGUCCCAUGCUUGAAACCCUCCAUCUUAAAAACUCGCCACUGCUUAUACAUCCUAAAGUUUCAUGUUCAUCACUGAGGUUGAAACACUUAAACAUAUCUCACUCUGAAUCUAUUCAAACCAUAGAGAUUUCUGCACCAAAUCUUGUUUCCUUUGAAUAUCACAAACUACGGAAAGUACCAUUUCAUAUAUGGUAUGCGCCCAAACUCACUGAGUUAGAUUACUCUAAUUGGCUCGACUUCAACAUUGCAUACCUCGUUUCUCAGCUAUAUAAUUAUCUUCCUCAGUUAGUGACUCUAAGGUUAAGUUUAUUUCUGAUGGAUUUACCAAGGUUUCCCAAAUUUACCAGUCUUCGUAACUUGACCUGUAUUACAGCCAGUAUUGACAAUCGUCUCCUUCUUUUAAAAUCUCUGAUAGAGGCAUCACCUUUAUUGCACAAGUUUAAACUACUGAUUAAAGACCAUAAAGAAUUCAAGAGUGGAAUAGAGGAGGUGGGGAAGGAGGAGGCGCAGCCGAAUAAGUACCUAAAGGAGGUGGAAAUAGUUGGAUUCUUGGGGCAACCAGUGGAAGUUGAAUUUGUUACUUACUUGCUUAAAAUCGCCAUCAAGCUUGAGAAGAUAGUAAUUCAUGGAAAACUGGAAAGAAUGACACAAAACUUGGCCCAUCAGCUCAUGAAAAACCGCCCUGGAGCUGAAUUAGUUCUACUCUAAUUCUUUUUUGUCAGUAUCUAUAUUUGUAAGGUUCAAUUAAAUCUUAUCUCAGUUAACAUGGGCAUUGUAGUCAAUAAAGGAGGGCGUGGGUUCAAGUGCGCUGAAGCGCAUUAUUCUCCUAUUUAUAGGUUGAGGAGGGACUAUGGUUAGUUCUAGACAUUGUGCAAAAAAUAAAAACAUAUAUGAU